CAGCGACCACAAUUUUAAAAUGGUAUCAAAUAUUGAUAAGUGAAAAGUUGGCGGGUUUACUUUAGAAAAGUGGGAAGACCAAAAAAAAUUGGGUUGGUCCAACUCAUAUGGUGGUUGGAUUAACCAGUUUGAGUUUGAGUUUUGGUUGGUUUCUAGAAGAUCCUCUAUUUUCAAAAUAGAGAGUUAUUGUCUACUUAAAAGUAAAAAGUGGUGACAGCCUUUCAUCUUCCUAGAGAGAGAGAAUCAGAAAAGAGAAGAGAUAAGGAAAAAGAGAGAAGAGAGAAAGAGCUGCUGCUUUUCGUUUCUGCAGCAGGGCAGCCUGUUCAAGUGAGCGUUCUGGAAGAUUGAACCGUUGGAUCGUCCUGAAAUUUGGACAGUGGGUUCGCAAUUGUCUGGGCUUCAUUCUGACCGAAGGGAUCGUCAUUCUAAGGUCUGGUUCGUCGGGAAUAGCUGCUGGACAGAAGGUGUACGAAUCUGUUUUGGGGUAUCUCUCAACCUUUCUUUGUCUUGCUCUUGUUCUUGUUACCCACCAUGUUGGUGAGAGCUAUUGUGGUUGAUUGUUGAUCCAAGAAGGGUGUUCUUGAGGUGUUUGUAAUCCUCUAGCUAGUCUAGAGAGGACUUGUAAUCCCACCAAAGUCUAGUGGAGUUGUGGCUUGGACAAAGGUCCCGUGGUUUUUCCCGAUUUGGGUUUUCCACGUAAAAAUCGUGUGUCUUGUGCAUUCUAUUCUUGCUUGUGGUUGCUGCCCGGUUUCUCAACAGUGGUAUCAGAGCAUUAGCUUUUUUGGGGGCUGUGUUUGGUGAAUGGCAAGAAUGGAUUACUCAAGUGGAGCAAUGAUUAAGUUGACAUCAUCCGACUACUCUAUUUGGAAGCCACGGAUGGAGGAUAUUCUGUUUUGCAAGGAUCUCUAUGGAAGAAGCAGAAAUCGAAAUUCCAACUUCAAGAACUCUCAAAAUCGAAGUAACAGCCGAGGGAGAUCAAAAGGGAGAUCAAAAUCAUUGUCAAGACCAAGAGGAGAAAUCACAUGUUAUUAUUGCAACCAACCCGGACACAUGAAGAGAGAGUGUAGAAUCUUGAAACGGGAACAAGCUAGAGGAAAAGGUGUGGAAAACCGAGAAAAAGAUGAUACUACUGCUGCUGCCACAGAUGGUGAUGUGGUCAUUGUUUGUGAUUCCGGUUUUGUUAACCUUGCUUGUCAAGAGAGUACAUGGGUUGUUGACUCAGGUGCCUCAUUCCAUGUGACCUCACGGGUUGAUCUUUUCUCUUCCUACACAAACGGUAACUAUGGUUGUGUGAGGAUGGGAAAUGAUGGCGCAUCAAAGAUUGUUGGCAUGGGUGAUAUUCAUCUAGAGACCAACACGGGUUGCAAGCUAGUCUUGAAGGAUGUGAGACAUGUUCCUGACAUGAGGCUGAAUUUGAUAUCCACGGGAAAGCUUGAUGAUGAUGGUUAUACCAACUAUUUUGGAGAAGGAAAAUGAAAGCUCUCAAGAGGUUCUCUUGUGGUGGCUAAAGGCAAGAAGGAAAGUACGCUCUACAUGACGAAUGCAAAACAUAGCAAGGGAGGAAUCAAUGUUGCUGAGAAAGAUUCUUCCAUUGAGUUUUGGCAUAAGAGACUCGGUCAUUUGAGCGAGAAGGGGCUGCAAAUAUUGUCCAAGAAACAACUCUUGCCCGGAGCUAAAGGUACUCUUCUUAAAAAUUGUGUUCAUUGCUUAGCCGGAAAAACUCAUAGAGUUGCAUUUCAUAGAUUUCCACCUUCUAGAAGGAGUAAGGUACUUGAUCUAAUUCACACCGAUGUUUGUUUUAUGCGAGAUAAAACUCUUGGUGGUGCAAGCUAUUAUGUUACCUUCAUCGAUGAUCACUCAAGGAAGGUGUGGACAUAUGCUUUGAAAACGAAGGAUCAAGUGCUAGAUGUUUUCAAGCAAUUUCAUGCUGAAGUGGAAAGGGAAACCAGCCUGAAGUUGAAGUGUGUAAGGGCUGAUAACGGGGGAGAGUAUAGAGGUCCAUUCGAAAGCUACUGCAGAUUGCACGGAAUUAAACUGCAGAAAAGUGUACCCAAGACUCCACAACAAAACAGUGUCGCCGAGAGGAUGAAUAGAACAAUUUGUGAGAGAAUCAAGUGUAUGCUCUCACAUGCCAAGCUACCUAAAUCAUUUUGGGGAGAAGCAAUGCGGACAACGGUUGAUCUAAUCAAUCUCUCACCAUCGGUCCCAUUGGAGGGUGAUGUGCCUCAACGAGUAUGGACGGGAACGGAAGUCUCAUAUGAACACUUGCGAGUGUUCGGUUGCAAAGCCUAUGUUCAUGUUCCAAAAGAUGAGAGAGCAAAGCUUGAUGACAAAGCAAAGCCAUGUAUAUUCAUGGGCUAUGGGCGUGAAGAGUUUGGGUACAAAUUAUGGGAUCCAAUUGCAAGGAAAAUUGUUCGGAGCCGGGAUGUGAUUUUUCUUGAAGAUGAAACAAGUGAAGACGUCGAAAGGGUUGAAAAGAAGAAAAAUACAGCAGCUGAUCCGGUUAAUUUGGAGCCUAUAUCUCCAUCCCAAAUGCAUGAAAAUGUUGAGGAAGUAGUGCAUGAUGAGCCCCAAGGUGCACUAGAUCAAGAAGUGCAAGGAGAAGAGCAAUUGGAGCAAGAAGAACAAGUUGAAGAAGAGCAUCCUCUAUCCGAACCAAGAAAGUCAACAAGAGAUCGCAAAGCUUCCACUUGGUACUCCCCUCAUGAGUACCUAUUGUUGACUGACGGGGGAGAACCCGAAUAUUAUCAAGAAGCCAUGUCUCAUGAAGACAAGGAGGAGUGGAACAAAGCAAUGCAAGAAGAGAUGGAGUCUUUGCAAGAGAAUCACACCUAUGAUUUGGUGAAACUACCCAAAGGAAAAAAUAUCACUUAAGAACAAGUGGGUCUACAAGUUAAAGACGGAGGAAACUAUUUCAAAGCCUCGGUUUAGGGCGCGACUAGUUGUGAAGGGUUUCAACCAAAAGAAAGGUGUUGACUUUAAAGAAAUUUUCUCUCCCGUGGUGAAGAUGUCCUCUAUCCGAGUUGUGCUUGGGUUGGCUGCAAGUUUGGACUUGGAAGUUGAACAACUCGAUGUGAAGACGGCGUUUCUUCAUGGCGACUUAGAGGAAGAAAUCUACAUGGAUCAGCCGGAAGGGUUCGAGGUUAAAGGCAAAGAAGAUCUUGUAUGCAGAUUGAGAAAGAGCUUAUAUGGGUUGAAGCAAGCACCAAGGCAAUGGUACAAGAAAUUUGACUCAUUCAUGGUAAAAAAUGGGUAUGCAAGAACUACCUCCGAUCAUUGUGUGUUUGUGAAAUACUUUGCUGAAAAUGAUUUCAUCAUUCUCUUGCUUUAUGUGGAUGACAUGUUGAUCGUGGGUCGGAAUGUUAGAGAGAUUGAUAGAUUGAAAAAGGAGUUGAGUAAAUCCUUUGCCAUGAAGGACUUAGGACCGGCGAAACAAAUUCUAGGGAUGAGAAUCUCUAGGGAUCGAAGGAAUGGAAAAAUUUGGUUGUCUCAAGAAAGGUAUAUUGAAAGAGUUCUUGAGCGGUUUAACAUGAGCAAGGCUAAGGCGGUUAGUACUCCACUUGGAGGACAUUUCAAGUUGAGUGUGAAGCAUUGUCCUACAAGUGAUGAAGAGAAAGAAGCAAUGAAGAAUGUGCCUUAUGCAUCAGUUGUUGGAAGCUUGAUGUAUGUCAUGGUUUGCACAAGGCCGGAUAUUGCACAUGCCGUUGGGAUUGUUAGUCGGUUUCUUUCCAAUCCGGGGAAAGAACAUUGGAGAGCAGUGAAGUGGAUUCUUCGCUAAUUGAGAGGUACUUCUAGAGUGUGUCUAUGCUUUGGUAAUGGCAAGACCAUACUUGAUGGAUAUACCGAUGCUAACAUGGCAGGUGAUGUGGACUCUAGAAAGUCGGCUUCUGGUUACAUGAUGACUUUUGCAGGUGCUGCAGUUUCAUGGCAAUCUAAACUGCAAAAAUGUGUUGCAUUAUCAACAACAGAAGCCGAAUACAUAGACGUGACAGAAGCUUGCAAAGAGAUGUUAUGGUUGAAGAAGUUUCUUCAAGAGUUGGGCUUUAAGCAAGAGAGGUAUGUGCUCUAUUGUGAUAGUCAAAGUGCAAUUCAUCUUUGCAAGAAUCCAACUUUCCACUCAAGGUCGAAACACAUAGAUGUUCGAUAUCAUUGGAUUCGUGAUGUUUUGGAAGAGAAGUUGUUGGAGCUCAACAAAGUGCAUACAGAUGACAAUGGUUCGGACAUGAUGACUAAGUCUCUACCAAGUGGAAAACAUAUCUUCUGUCGAGAUGAAGCAGGUUUGGUGCUACCCCCCAUAUGAGCUGGAGGGGGAGAUUUGUUGGGUUGGUCCAACUCAUAUGGUGGUUGGAUUAACCGGUUUGAGUUUGAGUUUUGGUUGGUUUCUAGAAGAUCCUCUAUUUUCAAAAUAGAGAGUUAUUGUCUACUUAAAAGUAAAAAGUGGUGACAACCUUUCAUCUUCCUAGAGAGAGAGAAUCAGAAAAGAGAAGAGAUAAGGAAAAAGAGAGAAGAGAGAAAGAGCUGCUGCUUUUCGUUUCUGCAGCAGGGCAGCCUGUUCAAGUGAGCGUUCUGGAAGAUUGAACCGUUGGAUCGUCCUGAAAUUUGGACACUGGGUUCGCAAUUGUCUGGGCUUCAUUCGGACUGAAGGGAUCGUCAUUCUGAGGUCUGGUUCUUCGGGAAUAGCUGCUGGACAGAAGGUGUACGAAUCUGUUUUUGGGUAUCUCUCAACCUUUCUUUGUCUUGCUCUUGUUCUUGUUAUCCACCAUGUUGGUGAGAGCUAUUGUGUUUGAUUGUUGAUCCAAGAAGGGUGUUCUUGAGGUGUUUGUAAUCCUCUAGCUAGUCUAGAGAGGACUUGUAAUCCCACCAAAGUCUAGUGGAGUUGUGGCUUGGACAAAGGUCCCGUGGUUUUUCCCGAUUUGGGUUUUCCACGUAAAAAUCGUGUGUCUUGUGCAUUCUAUUCUUGCUUGUGGUUGCUGCCCGGUUUCUCAACACAUGUGAAGUUGUGAACGAAGUGCCCUUGUAAUCAUGUGUUCAUUUUCACUACAAGAGAGAAGCUUUUUGGCGACCAUUCUCAUCGACCAUUUAUAUAAGUGGUCGCGAACUAUGUAACCAUCAUCGACCACAAUUUUAAAAUGGUAUCAAAUAUUGAUAAGUGAAAAGUUGGCAGGUUUACUUUAGAAAAGUGGGAAGACCAAAAAAAAUUGGCGGCCAUGAUUUCGUAUUUGGCGACCAUACUACAUGGACGCAAAUGAAUAAAAGUUCAACGA